AUGGCCCGAGUGACGGAGUCGGCGGCCAGGGUCACGAAGCACGCCAGUUUCGGGGCCCCAGGUGCCGCGGCUCACCGAGGAGACGACGCUGACCCGCAUAAGCUCUGGGUUCGUGGUUUCAAGAGACCGUUGAUGGCAUCGCAGAUGGAGAUUAGUUUCCAGCUCGCGAAGACCAAGAUGUCCCGGGAGAUCGGCGCCAACAUGUCCUUCCAAGGGUGGAACUUCCAGUAUUCGCACGCCUUCAAGCUCUCGACCAAAGAGGUAGCCUACCAGGUCUGGGCCUUCAGCAGAGGGUUCACGAUCUCUUGGGCCGACCCGCGUGACCAGAAGUGCCGCGAGUUGAGGGUCGGCCGCGAUAACCCGCUGCCCGUCCGCCAGAUGAGCUACGUCCUUGGCCUGGCACGCGCCCUCGUCAAGGCCGGCCUCGUUGAGAAGAAUGCAAGGCGCUCUUCUAUGAAGAUGGGCAGCUGUACACGACCGAGAGUCAUGAUGCUUGGGAGCUCCUGUCGGUCGACGACACCGGGCGCGGCAAGGCACCCGAGGUUGCCCCCAACAUCCCCAACCUCGUGCGCUUCGACAUCCCCAGGGCCCGCGCUGAGACCCUCGGGGGGGCAGCCCAGCUCGAGCUCACUUGAGUAG